AUGGUUGCCGACGAGAGUAAGAAGUUGAAAGUUUCUGACAAGAGUGAUAACUCUGAGGAAAUUGAUGGAGAAAUUGACCUCUCCAUCAAAAAGUUGGAGGAAAUUCAAGACGAGCUCAAACAGAUCGAUGAGGAGGCGACUGACAAGGUUCUUGAAAUCAAGCAGGAGUACAAUGAGGUAAGUAAACAUGUGUAUGAUAAGCGCACCAAUCAUAUCAAGUCUAUUCGUAAUUUUUGGCUAGCCGUGUUUACGAUCCAUCCUGUUCUUAACACUUUUUUGAACGAAGAAGAUCGUAAGAUAUUUAAGCAUUUAAACUCUCUGGAGGUUGAAGACCAUGAAGAUGUCAAAUCAGGCUAUUCAAUCACAUUUAACUUCAAUCUCAAUCCUUAUUUUGAGGAUACAAAGAUUGUGAAGUCGAUUACCUUCCUUGGAGAAGGAACAACAAAAGUUACUAAUACACCCAUAAAGUGGAAAGAGGGCAAGGAAAUUUCCAAUGGAAUUAGUCAGGAGAAGAAAGGGAACAAGAGGCUUUCUUCUGAUAUCAGUUUCUUUAACUGGUUUAGUGAACCUGAGCAGAGAGGUGGUCUGUAUAAGAAUCAUUAUAAGAUUGCAAAUAUAAUCAAGGAUGAUAUAUGGCCAGAUCCUCUUUAUUAUUUCUGAUGAGGCAGAUGAGGAUGAGAAUGAAUUUUGUGAUGUGGAAAAGGAUGAUGAUGACUCAGGUGAUGAUGAUAAUGACCAAGUGUAUGACGAUGAGGAGGAAGAAUAGUAUAAAAUGCAUGAUCUUAACAUUAUCUGUUUUACUUAUUUAUCUAAGGUUACAUGAGUAUGUUAAUGAAAGACUAAGGUCAAUUGGUGGUUUUCGUCCGACUGUAAUUUAUUUAUUGCCUUUUGAACUUAUUUCU